AGACGGAUCUCAUAUAAAUUCGCAAUGUCGAAUGAUAUUAAUAGUACGUUGAAAGAUGGCAUGGAUCGUGCAACUCUUCAAUCUUUUAGCGAUUUACGCUGGAAGCCAUAAAUUAGACCCUAGUCCUUAUAUAGUGAAUGGAAGAGAUGCUUUGCUAGGCGACAUUCCAUAUCAGGUCUCUCUACAAAUUGAUUCCCACCACUUCUGUGGUGGCGCAAUCUUGAACGAAAAAUAUGUUAUCACGGCAGCUCAUUGCGUUGAAGAAAAAAAUCAAUCAUCGGGCAUAAAAGUCAUUGCGGGUAGCACCGAUUUGAAAGAUCCAAAAGUAACAAAUCUAGUCGAAAAAGUUAUUGUGCACGAGAGAUUUAACCGCUUUCAUACGGUUAAUGAUAUUGCUUUACUGAAGGUGGUAAAUAAAUUCAAAACGACUUCCACUCUUCAAUUCGUUCCUUUACCACCAAGGGAUUUUGUUGUCAAGGCUAACGAUAUAGCUACCGUAUCAGGAUGGGGUCGACUCUGGCAAGGUGGACCAGCUACUAACCAAUUACAACGUGUCGACAUCGUCAUUACUGAUCAAAUCUACUGCUCAUAUAAGUAUAUGAUGAUAGGAUACAAUAUCAGUACUACACAAAUUUGCGCAUAUGAUUGGACAACUGAGAAAGGAGUCUGCCAGGGUGACUCUGGUGGCCCAUUGACUGUCGGAGGAAAUCUCGUUGGUUUGGUAUCCUGGGGAAUCGGUUGUGCCAGUACUUCUUUCCCUACUGUCUUUACUCGUGUUUCUUCAUAUCUUGAUUGGAUUAAAACUAACGCGGUCUAAGCUCAACUUUACUUGCUUUUAAUUAUGAUUUGUAUUCUGUUCUUUGAUUUGUUUUACGAUUUGAAAAAAGUUUUUCGACCCUUCUCUACGUAUGCAAGUAAUAACGAUGUGACAUAGAGGUACCCAUAUAAAAUUUAUACAUUUGUAUAUCUGUAUUUUCGAAACAAUAAAUAAUACAUAGACAUAG